AUGAGGGAUGGAGUCAGAGGGAUCACCACUGUGUUGGUGCUGUGUAGCCGUGUUAUCCUGCCCGUGUCUGUGGAGGAGUAUCAAGUGGGGCAGCUGUAUUCCGUGGCAGAAGCCAGUAAAAAUGAAACUGGUGGAGGUGAAGGAGUGGAAGUCCUGGUGAAUGAACCCUACGAGAGAGAUGGAGAGCGUGGGCAGUACACACACAAGAUCUACCACUUACAGAGCAAAGUGCCAACAUUUGUGAGAAUGCUGGCCCCUGAAGGAGCUCUGAAUAUACAUGAAAAAGCAUGGAAUGCCUAUCCCUACUGCAGAACUGUUAUUACAAAUGAGUAUAUGAAGGAUGACUUCCUGAUCAAAAUUGAAACCUGGCAUAAAUCAGAUCUUGGAACACAAGAGAAUGUCCAUAAACUGGAGCCAGAGGUAUGGAAGAGUGUAGAAGCCAUUUAUAUAGACAUUGCUGAUCGGAGCCAAGUACUCCCCAAGGAUUACAAGGCAGAAGAAGAUCCAGCAAGGUUUAAAUCUGUCAAGACUGGUCGUGGACCUCUGGGCCCCAACUGGAAGAAGGACCUGGGGAAGCAGUCAGAUUGUCCAUAUAUGUGUGCUUACAAGCUGGUAACAGUCAAGUUCAAAUGGUGGGGUCUGCAAAAUAAAGUGGAGAACUUUAUACAGAAGCAAGAAAAGCGGCUCUUCACAAACUUCCACCGGCAGCUCUUUUGCUGGCUUGAUAAGUGGGUUGAUCUGACUAUGGAGGACAUCCGUAGGAUGGAGGAGGAGACCAAGAGACAGCUGGAUGAGAUGAGAGAAAAAGAUCCAGUGAAAGGAAUGUCGGCUGCAGAUGACUAAUAUGACUCCUUCCUUGUGCACUUUUGCAAGACAGUCGUCAGGAAGGCCCAGGGAAUCCACACCCUUGACUGAAGGACCAUCUCUGGAUCAAGCCUUUCUCUGUCACAGCGGCAGGCGAUUUUAAACCUCCCAUAGCUAAUUCUAGAUGCCCCUUAAUAUUGUGAGCAAAUAGACAGUCUGGUACUAAGCACUCCAAUGUUAGCACGUGCACCCCCAGCUCUCCUCCUGGGGGCCGUGUGACUUAGAGAUCGCUGUAUUUAUGACUCCUCCCUCCUCUUUUUUUCAUUGUGUUCAGACCAAUUUCCAUGUGGCCCUGUUUGAUUUCCAAGUGACAUUUUUAGCUCAAAUAGUCUUGUGAUGUGGUGACUUAGAAUUUUUUUUGUUUUGUUUUGUUUUUGGUUUUUUUGGUUUUUUUCCAAGUGGGAUAAACUGCCACCUUUGUUUCUGCCCAGCCCUUUGCUGUUCUUUGAAUGUCUGUUUGGAGAGGGAAAUUGUCCAUAUUUAACUGUAAAACUUCCAGGAAAUGUUCUGCUCUCACCCUUGCUCCUGGAGGGAGAUAUUUAAUGGCAGGUAACCUUGAGUA